AUGGGCGACGCUUUGGAUCAUCUCUCCAACCGUACAAAAUUGGAAUGGCAGGCCAAUUUGAACACUGAGUACCAGCCAAAGAAGAACCACCGCAGAACCAGCAUCAUUGGAACAAUUGGACCCAAGACCAAUUCUGCAGAAAAGAUCACCAUUCUACGAAAAGCUGGCCUCAAUGUCGUUCGAAUGAACUUCUCCCAUGGUUCUUACGAGUAUCACCAAUCUGUCAUUGACAAUACCAGACAGUCAGCCAAAGAAUACCCAGGCCGCCCAGUGGCUAUCGCCCUCGAUACCAAAGGCCCAGAGAUCAGAACUGGCAACACCCCUGGUGAUAAGGACAUUCCAAUCCAAGCAGGUCUGGAAUUGAACUUGACAACCGAUGACCAGUAUGCUACAGCGAGUGAUGACAAGAACCUAUACGUUGAUUACAAGAACAUCACCAAGGUGAUCGGCCCUGGCAAGUUGAUCUAUGUGGACGAUGGCAUCCAAUCCUUCGAGGUCAUCUCUGUUGUGGAUGACAAGACUCUUCGUAUCCGAGCGCUCAACAAUGGACAAAUCUCCUCGAGAAAGGGUGUCAAUCUGCCUGGUACUGACGUUGAUCUACCUGCAUUGUCCGAGAAGGACAUUGCCGAUCUGAAAUUCGGUGUCAAGAACAACGUGGAUAUGGUAUUUGCCUCGUUCAUUCGUCGCGGAGAAGAUAUCAAACAUAUCCGAAAAGUUCUCGGAGAGGAAGGAACAGAGAUCCAAAUCAUUGCCAAGAUUGAGAACCAACAGGGUAUGAACAACUUUGACGAGAUCCUCAAGGAGACAGAUGGUGUUAUGGUUGCACGUGGAGAUCUUGGAAUCGAAAUUCCAGCUGCAAAAGUCUUCAUUGCCCAAAAGAUGAUGAUUGCCAAAUGCAACAUGGCAGGCAAGCCAGUUAUCUGUGCCACCCAGAUGCUUGAGUCCAUGACCAACAACCCCCGACCAACUCGUGCUGAGGUCUCUGAUGUUGCUAACGCCGUCCUCGAUGGAGCUGAUUGUGUUAUGUUGUCUGGCGAGACGGCCAAAGGCAGCUACCCCAAAGAAGCGGUGACGAUGAUGCACGAGACAUGUCUGUUGGCUGAAAUUGCGAUUCCAUACGCCAACGUGUUCGAUGAGUUGAGGACCAGUGUUCUACGACCCAUCGAGACUGCAGAGUCGAUUGCCAUCUCGGCCGUUGGCGCCAGCAUGGAGUUGAACGCAGGAGCAAUUCUAGUCUUGACAACCAGUGGCUCAUCCGCACGUCUCCUGUCCAAGUACCGACCGGUCUGUCCCAUCAUUAUGGUGACACGAAAUGCAAGUGCCUCACGAUAUGCUCAUCUCUACCGAGGAGUGUAUCCCUUCCACUUCCCAGAACCCAAACCGGACUUCCGUGGAGUGGAUUGGCAAGAGGAUGUUGACAAGCGUUUGAAGUGGGGUAUCUCAUACGCCAUCAAGCUCGGUGUUUUGAGCCAAGGAGACUCUGUGGUUUGCGUUCAAGGCUGGAGAGGAGGAAAGGGACAUACAAAUACCAUUCGUGUGGUCCCUGCCGAGGAAGAUCUCGGGCUAGCUUCCGACAGUUGA